UUUGCAUUUUUAUCAAAGCGAUUAGAUUAAAUAGAUUUUUAAAAAUUAUACAAAAGGAAGUAGAGUAAAUAAAAUAUACAAGAAAAGUGGAAAAAGAAUCGACAUCGAAAACUAAGCAGAUUUUUUAAAAAUAAAGAAAGCGAAACCGGACGAUCUUCAAUGCAAUAAAAGAAGAAAGAAAAUGUAAAGGAUCUUAAGAGAAAUAAAAGUCAAACGUAUAUAAAUUUAUUAAGAAAUCUAAACGUUAAAAAACUACAAUGAAAACAAAUACAUCACAAGAUAAAUUAAAGUUUGAAUGAAAACUAUAACAAAUUUAAGGACUUAAAAAAAUCGCUACUUAAUAAACAAAAUCAAUUAAAAAAUUAGAAAAUCACUUAAAUAAUUAAAAAAACCAACAAAAUAAUUUAAAACGGUUUAUUUAAAGGAUCGCUCAAGACAAAACAAAUCAAAAGAACUUCCAAAAACCUUGCACUUAAAAUUAAACAAAUAAAUUAAUUGAUCUUAAUAAAAGAAAAUCAAAAUUAAAAUUUUUUUUAAACUCUAAUACUUCUUAAAAGAAAAAAAAACAACAAUCAACCAAAUUUAAAAAAUUAAAACAAAUUAAAAAAAAAACUCAAAAUCCUUAGUUUCUCAAUCAAAUAAAAGCAUCAAAAUCGGGGAAAUAAAAGAGCUUUUAGCCUACCCCUAUAGCAAGUUAUAUCCGCCGGUGGACACGAACUCGGAACCCGAUCCCGAAGCAGAAAUGGUGUACUCCACAAACAUCCUUUUGGCGAUUGUGACGAUCCUGACGGGCGUGUUCAUUUGGUCCCGUCGCACCUAUGUCUACUGGCAGCGUCGUCGGGUGAAGUUCGUCCAGCCGACCCACCUGUUGGGUAACCUGAGCCGUGUCCUUCGCCUGGAGGAGUCCUUUGCCCUGCAGCUUCGCCGGUUUUACUUCGACGAGCGCUUCCGCAACGAGCCGGUGGUGGGCAUCUACCUGUUCCACCAGCCGGCCCUCCUCAUCCGCGAUCUCCAACUGGUGCGAACGGUCCUGGUCGAGGAUUUCGUGAGCUUCUCGAACCGGUUCGCCAAGUGCGACGGGCGCAGCGAUAAAAUGGGAGCCCUUUCGCUCUUCCUGGCCAAACAGCCCGAGUGGCGCGAAAUCCGCACCAGGCUGGCACCCGCCUUCGCCGGCGCCAAGCUCAAACAGAUGUUCUCGCUGAUGGAGGAGAUUGGCUGCGAUUUGGAGUGGUAUCUGAAGCGACUGACCCGAGAUUUGCGGCGUGGAGACGCCGAACGCGGUGCAAUUGUGAGCAUCAAGGAUGUGUGCGAUCUGUAUAACACCGAUAUGAUAGCCAGCAUCGCCUUCGGCCUGAGAUCGUAUAGCCUGAGGAAUACGCAGUCGGAGAUCGGUUCACAUUGUCAGGAUCUAUUCAGGCCGAAUGUACGUCGAAUAAUCGACUUGUUUGUGAUCUUUUACCUGCCAAAAUUGGUGCCGUUGCUGCGGCCCAAACUUUUUACGGAGCCCCAUGCGGAAUUCCUGCGCCGAGUGAUCCAACUGGUGGUCGAGGAGCGGGAGCGUGGCGGCGAUCUGCGCAACGAUCUCAUCGAGAUGCUGCUAACGCUGAAGAAGGAGGCGGAUCUGCAGCAGGACAAGUCGCAUUUCACGCAUCAUCGCGACUUUUUGGCCGCCCAGGCGGCAUCCUUUGAGGUGGCGGGCAUUGAAACCUGUUCGGCGAGCAUGUCCUUCGCCCUCUAUGAGCUGGCCAAACAGCCGCUGAUGCAGUCGCGUUUGCGUCGCGAAAUACGGGAAGCCUUCGCGGACAAUCCCAAUGGGAAGCUGACCUACGAGGCCCUCGCCCGGAUGAAGUUCCUCGACAUGGUCGUGGAGGAAACGCUGCGAAAGUAUCCGAUUGUCCCACUUCUGGAGCGGGAGUGCACGCCGAUCAACAAGAAGCGAUUCUACUCGCUAAGGCCGCAUGCGGAGUGCUAUGCCCGCCGUGGAAUGCCCGUGUUCAUAUCCAAUCUGGCCAUACAUCACGAUCCCAAGUACUGGCCGGACCCGGAACGCUUCGAUCCGGAACGCUUCAGUGCGGCGAACAAGCCGCUGCAGGCGCCCAUGUCAUACUUGCCCUUUGGUGCGGGGCCGCACAACUGCAUCGGUAUGCAAAUCGGACUGCUGCAGAUAAAGCUGGGCCUCGUCUUCUUCUUGCAUCGCCACCGCGUCGAGAUUUGCGACCGCACCGUGGAGCGGAUCCGAUUCGACGCCAAGUUCGCGCUGCUGGCCAGCGAACAACGCAUUUACCUCAAGGUCGACUGUUUAUAGCCACCAACGAUCCCAUCCGCCCUUUGCCAUCCGAAAUCAGCAGCAUUAUUUUAUGGGGCGGGAGCGGGGCCGCCCAUCGUCAUCGUCUUGUAAAUACUUCGGCCUGCCUCAAAUAAACUUUGCUACGAUCUUUUUUUUUCUAAAUACCAA